CUUCAAACAAAUCCUGUCUGAGAUGAGAGCAAGUCAGUCAAUUAUUUUUAUUUAAUUUUCAAAGAUUUCCUCUUCAAUUAGAAAAAAAUGGAGAUAUAAUCAAACACGAACUUUCUAAAUUCCGUAUUCAGUACCUCCACGUUAAUCAAUAUGCCUUCAAAUUAGUGAAAGUAACAAACUUACGAAUAAUGGAUCUUCCAUACGAGGUUUUAGUUUACCUUUUUAAAUACCUACCCAAAUCUGAUAGAAAAGCUGCAAGUGAAACAUGCAGGUCAUGGUAUCAUGCUGCUAAUGAUCAUUGUUUUCUGAAAAACAAAGUUGCUGUAUUUUUUAAAUCAAUUUUGGAUGAAGAAAAUAUUUCACCUAUACACAUUUUUGAAAAAUCUUGUAUUAUGUAUCAAAAUUAUGUAUUCAGUGAAGUAGAAAUUUCAAAUAAACUUAAUGAGUUUUGGGAUAGUAUGGGAGAGUACAUAGCAUCACUGACCCUCCGAAAUUGUGACAUAUGUGAAAAGAUUUUUGUUUACAUGAUGCAAAAAUGCCCUAGUCUGGAAGAAUUGAACAUAGAAAGUUGCAGAGAAUUAUUUAUGUCUGGGCGUUUACUAGAAGGAAAAUCGGAGGGUUUAUUGACUAACAAUUUGGACAAAUUAAAAAGCUUGAGCUUAGCAGGAAAUCAUUACCUCACCGAUGCAUUAUUUAGUAGAUUUGCAGUAGCUUCCCCAUCUCUGGAAUCACUAAACCUAUCAUCAUGCUCGUUACAAUUUCAUUUAGGAAUAGUAAAAAAGUUUUAUCCACCUAACACAGAUGUUUUUCAGAAUCCUUCUGAGAGUGUCCUAACAUUCUAUUUUAUUUUGCAAUUUAUACAACAACAGGCUAAACAUAUUAAACAUAUAUCGUUUUCAAAAACAUUAAUAGAUGGAAUUGCAUUGAAAUCACUUUCUGAAAUUGAAAAUCUUAAGUUAGAGUCAUUAGAAGUACAUUCCUGUGACCAACUUACCAAUCCAGGCAUACUUGCUCUCACCACCCAUCAAACAUAUUUGAAAGUGCUUGACAUUGGAUUAUGCACUAGAGUUACAGAUAUGUCUUUAGUACAUAUUUGUAAUAACUUAAUCAAUCUGGAAUAUCUGAGCAUUCAGAGAUGUCGGGCAGUUACUGACCUGGGAGUAACUGAACUAUCUAAACUGAAAAAGCUCAGGUCACUGAAUAUAUCUCAGUGUGAUCUUAUAACAAAAGAAGGUUUAAAGAAUGGGCUAUGUUCCGAAGUGAAUUAUACCAUUGAAGAAUUAAACAUACAUUCUCUAAAUUUGGAUGAAUCUGGACUUAUAAUGAUUUCAGAAAAUAUGCCUAAACUUCAGUCUCUAGAUAUUAGCUAUUGCUUUAAUGCUGUGACAGAUACUACUAUACAAGUUUUAUUUAAAAAUCAAGUACUCUUGCAUUCACUUAAAAUGAGUCAUUGUGAUAAGGUAUCUGAUGCUGGACUAACAGGAAUGGGGAAAGUAGAGCCAGAUUGUGGGGACGAUGGUCCAAUCAUGUCCACAAUUGUAGAACCUGUUACUAAUCACAAAAUCUGUCUUGGAUCUAGAGCUGAGGAAGAAAUAGUACGCGAUGCCAAAAGGAAGCGUGAUGUAAUGUUAAUGUGCGAAAAGCUAACUAUGGAUACAUUUAGUGGUUUCUCAUUAGCACGUUUGCAAAGUCUAAGGGAGUUAAAUAUAAGUGGCUGUAACAGAAUAACUGAUGUCAGCUUAACAUAUGCAUUUAACUUCAAACAACUUGUUGUCCUGAACUUAAGCAGAUGCCAACAGAUAACUUACGAAGGAAUAGGACACCUAGUCGUAAAUUGCCCUAGUAUUGAAUACUUCAAUCUAAAUGAAUGUUUCAAUCUUAACGACAAUGCUGUUGCUGAAAUAGCAAAAGGAUUAAAGAGGCUUAAGGAACUUGAAUUACGGGGAUGUAACCAAUUAACAGAUAACACAUUGAAGGAAGUUAGGUUGCAUUGCGAAAAGUUGAACUUCUUAGAUGUGCAGGGUUGUCGGCUUAUAUCUCCAGAACUGGCAUGCACUGUAGGAACUUUGCCAAACUUACAUACGAUCCUCAUUUCCAAGCCUGGACCCUACAUUGUGGAAGGCGUAAAAAAUAGGUCACCUGCCCCAACCUUUUUACCGUCUUUAAUGCGCAAACUGCGAUUACAUUAGAGGUUUUAUUAUUAUCAUAUUACAUUUCGAUUAAAUUUAUAUAUUAAAUUGCAUUUUAAAUAAUAUAUUAAUAAGUUUAAAAUAUUUUAUAAACUAAAUUAAUAUUACCUGAUAACCAGAACACAAAGUGUUAUAUUAUAUUUAUUAUUUUUUUCUAAAAUUAUGUACUACUUUAUUGUUUUGCUUAUUUCCUAAAAGGAAGUUGUAGUAGCCUGUGAUAAUAUUUGUAUUUUAUUUGGUAGUACAAAUUGUGUAUUAAAAAUAAUGGUGGAAAGUC